UUGCAAGCGGUUUCCACAUUUCUCUUCUUUCUUCCAUCUGAGCUUUUCUCACUAUACCCACACUCCCCAUGUCUCUAAUGUCAUCUGAAACACAUUUCACGCCUCGACCGGAAUUCAUUCGCGACCCGUCUCCUACCCUCAACUCCUUCUCCCUUGUCGCCAUCGCGGGCACUAGCAGCAUCAAGCUUUAUUCCUUCCCACUUCCCGUCGUCAACUCAGUGCGCCGACUUCUCGAACAUAAGAAACUCGCCUGCGCCCUACGCGAAGAUGUCGAACAGCAGAUAUGCGAACUUACCCUCACUGCAAAGCCGUGGUCAAGUCCCAAGAGCCUGCCUUCCGAGAAACUACUCACUGACAUCCUUGCUGUGAUAUACCAACAUGGUUAUAGGCAUGCCUUUCGUCCACCUCUGUCAUCCUUUUCUCACCAAGCCCCUAGCUAUGUAUCCACCAUGGACUAUGGUCGCGAAAGCGACGACCGCCUCGCAAUGGCAUUUUCCCGUCCUUUCUCCCGAUCUCUAAGCCCCUCGUCUCCUUCCGGCUCUCCAGUAGCGCCAUCUCUGACCUUGAAUGUCAACAAAAGGGUACCCUUUUCCCUCUCUUUCACGUCCUCCACGACACUUCGUGUCAUAUCUCCACCGCUUCACUCUACACCAGCAAUCCUGCAGGCAGUACGUGGAUCGUGGCCUCGUGGCGUGGUGUCGGAGAAAAAGGUCUGGGACAAUUGCUACGAGUUCAAACUGAAGGGCUAUAAAUGGUUCCACGAGGAUACCUUUGCCACCGAUUCUCUUCGUCAUAUCCUAGCGCUGCUUUCAUCUCUGGAUGUCCACUCAUUCUCUCUCGUCGCGUCAAUUACUCUGACCAAGCGUUCGCGUGUGAAGGAUCUGUGGAUAUUUACUGGACUGGCCCCUCUCUCCGAGCCUUCGAUGCAGGGAUCCCCAUCGACAUCCCUCAACCGAUUCGGCGCCAGCAGUCCGAAUGCUCUGCAGAGUCAGCAAUCUCUUCACCGCCGAUUGGCGUCUGAGCCUGUUGCCACGAAUUCGGGCACGACGUACACACAUGCUCGAGCAGCGACCGAUAGUCCGGAUAGCCAAGGAUCCGGCCUUCGGAAUUCCAAGCUGCUGCGAAAGCCGGCACCCCGAGCUCAAGUUCCUGUGUCAGCUUACGAGGGCGAGGAGCGGCUUCCGGUAGCUGAGCCAGUCCGGGCUCACCUGCCCAGCGUCAUUUCUGAGGGUGGUGACGAUUUGACGGGAGUCGGGGCAUCUGGUCGAACUCCUGACGUGUUCUAUGCGACUUCUCCGUUUGGACCACACAACGCCCCUCCACUGCCCAUGCGGCCAACGGAUCUUCCGCACGAGCGAUUCCAAUCACGUUCUAAUCCACCGUCGCUCGGCUCUGGGUCACAUUCACCGUCGCCGAGGUCGUCUCCACAUCCCAAUGCAACACCCCCAAGAGAGGAGAGCCCGCAUGGAGUAUUCUUACACGAUCACCCUUCGGGUACGGAUUCCCUGUCGUACAGUGGACCACUUUUGGGUUCGAGCGCCUUUAGAGACACAACCUUUUCUGACGCCACUAAUUCGACAUACGCAACUGCUAUACCCAUAAAGUGGACGGGAGACGAACGUGAAUCGGCUGCUCCUAAUAUUCCAGGCGGAUGGCAGUCGACGCCCAUCACAGAAGAACCCUUCUCCGAAGAAGAGGAGGAAGAGGAGGAAGACGACGAGGAGGAUGAAGAAGAUGAGGAGGAUGACGACUUAGACGAGCAUGAUUUGCCCACCCCUGAUGUUCAGCAAGUUCCCAGAGUCAAUUCCCCCGACGUCCAGAGCCCAGACGUUACACUACGAAAAAGCGAAGCAGGCUUGGUCGGACUCAUAGCCGCCAGCGAAACUCCACCUGUGCCCGCCGAUGGCGGGAAGGGUUGGGUCCUUGUCGACAUAGACGGACAACCUGGACCGGGGGACAGUUCUCCAGUCGCGCCGUCCCCAGCCACUCCAGCUCCGUCUGACCACAGCCGGAAAGCGACUCCGGCAGCCAAGGCGAUCGCCGUGAUGGAUGCGGUCGAAGCAAAGGGGAAGUCGCCCACUGCUUCCAAGUCAGAAGGCAGCAGUCAGGUCGUCAGUGACGCUGACACGAGAAACGCAAUCGAUUUGGUCAAAAGCGCGACCACCGACUCGAAGCAGUCGAAGCCCAAGACCAGACUCAGGGAUCGUCUUCGAUUGCGAGGUUGAACUAUGUACUUACUACCCACGGACUUCCAUGCCCUGCAUUCAUUCAUUACUGACAUACCUUUGAUAUUGACUGGCUUAUGAUUCCACGAUUUUACGAAUUCUUUGUACUGUUAAUGUAGACACCGGAUUCGCGUUCUAUUCCGUGUCAAAGUAGCGCAUAAAAUAUGCGGCCAUUUCUACGCGUAGACGGACAGACCGUGAGCUUCCUCAUCGCCAACGCUCGACGCUUU